AUGCUGAACACCCGCGAAGACUACAACAACUUCUACGCCAACACGCCCAAGAACUCUUACGCCUUCGCGGCCUCACAGUGAGUUCUUCUAGGAUCACACUGUGAAGAAAAGAGACUUGCAGAGACAAGAUGUCCAACGUCUACACGGUCGACAAUGAAGUCUCCAGGACACGUGGAUCAGUUUAUUCCAACGAAUCCAUGAUAGAAAGCCGUAGUUAGUUCGAACGUAACUCUCAUAAGUGUGUUCAAAAACCCUUGCUGAUGUUUUCAAAAGUAGAAAAACUCUUCAAUGGCUUGAAGAAUCACUGAGAGCGGUUUCUCCCCUCGAGAACUUGAAUAAUUCUUUCGGUAGUCCUUCAAAGCCGGAAAAUUUUUUCGAACAAAUAUCAUCUUCAAAAUGUUUAUCUAUGGCAAACUUUUUUCUCGAAACUCACUAUUUAGGUUCCUAUUCAAAACAAUUUUCUGCAAAUUGUUUUUCUUAUUAAAGGCAUAGGGGCAGUAAAAAACGGUGUUUUAGUUCAAAGCAGUAAUUUGUAGAGCUUUUCAUUGCGAAUCGAACGGUAAACUUGGAAACGUACAGAAGUUCCUAGUUUUGAAGAAAAAAUAAUUCAAAGUCGGAGAGAGGAAAGUUUGAGUUCCCGCAAAAAGGGCGCUUUGCAGUAAAUUUGCUCUAUGGACAACAGGCUUCGCCAUCUUCCGGAUUUUCGCUUUUUUCUUCGUUUCUUUCAAUUUUCAAUUUUUUCUGUUGUCACCAAAGUUCUUUUCGUCACAAAAGCUUUCUAUUCAUGUAUAAUUUGCAAACUUUGAUUGCAAAAAUGCUUUUCUGGUGAACAUUGAUGAUUUUACACAGGUUUCGAUUGGGAUAGCGAUUAUUUGUGUUUUCUUCAUUAUCAAUGUGUGUUUUCUGUUUUCUUAAUCGAUUUUUCAGAGACGAAACCCUUAAUUUGAAGCAGAAAUCCGGUUAUUUCUCCCAAAAUGCGAGUUUAAUGAGACGUCCGCAACAUCGCGUGCACGACUACUGUAAACAGUUGUCUGCAUACCGAUCCAAAGCUUUUUUCAAAAUUAAUGGCGGGAAAGUAAAAUCGCGUUUUUCUUCUAAAGUUGUCACAUCUGUAAUUUUUUUGAGUACACCAUUCAAUUCGCAAAGAAAAACUAUAUAAGAUACUUCUUUCACCCGAAACCCCAUUUUUUACUGCCCCUAUGCCUUUAAACUCUUUUCUUCUUAUUUUUUUAAUCUUUUCAAGUCUGUUCCAUGUUGUCUAAACUCUGAAUAAGCAGAAAUAUUUUUUCAAGGUUCUCAUAUAAUUUAUUUGAAUAUGAAAAUCUGCCUGCGACGAUCUUUCUCAAUUUGACUUUACGGUUUCAUGAUUCUUUCAUACAAAAUUUAACAUAGUAAAAGUUGCUAAUAAUGUGUCAUUACUUUCGCUAAACAUUUCGAGUAAAUAUUGUCAGAAGUUCAGAAACUGCCGAGAAUGAUGAAAAGCUCUUAUUAACGAGAAAUUUUUUUGUGAAUUCUUUAUCAAAAAAAGAAACUUUACUUCUCUACUUUUUUGAGAACGAUUUUGGAAAACCCCUUGUAAUAAGCGAAAAGAUGAAUUAGAAUAUCAAUUUGAUUAACCCUGAAAUAUUUGCAAGAAAAUGACUUUUUCAGAGAACGCCAGACAAUCAAACUGCCGACGGGCGUUGUUAAUAACACUCGGAGUUUCUUUGCUCAUUUUGGUCACCGUUGGCUUCAUAUUGACGUCAUCGGCUCUGAUGCGAAGCCGAUCUUCUUAA